AUGGAACGAUUACGACGAAAAUUUUUUAAAUUAAGAAAACGUGCUAAAUCAACAGCUAGUGUCUCAUCAAGCAAAAAAGGUGAUAACGAUGAAAUUUAUCUAGAACCAGAAUAUGAUGAAACUUCAAAUAUCGCCAUACAUUUUGAUGCUAUUUCGGAAGAACUACUUAUUAUUGCAAAAAAGUCGUCUCAUACAAUUCGUUUAUCGAAAAUUCGUGAUGAUCUCCUAAUUGUAAAAACAAUGAUAACACGACGACUAAAUGAAAAUUCCAAAGAAUUAUAUAAUGCCAAUAAAAAAAUUGAUCUAUUAAAACGUCAAUUUAACAAGCAAACCAAUGAUACUGACCACGAAGGUUCAUUAAGCACACGAUACAAUCGUUCUUUCGCCAGCGACCGCAGCGUGGCCGAUUCAGCGUCAUGCUAUUCAAUAUGGUCACCAGCUAAUAGUAUAUUAAGUUCAUCUGUCACAACUCCGACAUUUCGUCGACGUAUAGCAGAAGUAUCCGUGUCCAAUAUGAAUUAUUCAUCAAUAAUACAAGAACAUUUUGUUUAUAUAUAUCAGCAAUUAUGUUCGAAUUGUUCGAAAUGUUCAUGUUAUCAAACAUUUAUACGUAAUCAUAUUGAAUUAGAAUAUUUAUCUAUUUGCUCACAUAAUGAACAACUAAAAUGUGAAAAUGAUCUAUUACAACGUUUGCUUGCUGAUUGUAAAUAUUCAUAUGAAAAACAAUACGUUUUAUUUAGUCAAUAUGAACAAUAUUUAAUUGAAUAUGAAAAUUGCAUUCAAAUACAAUAUGAACUUAUACAAACGUUUCAACAAUUAAUCGAUCGUUUUCAAAUAACAUUCGAUAAACGAAAACGUGAUGAUGACAAUCAUGAAAAUCAUAUCUAUCAAAAAAUUAGCGAUGUUACACCUAUAGGAAUACAUCAAGACGCUGAAAAUACUGAACUCUAUCGGACGAUAUUUGUGCUACAUGAACAAUGCCAACGACAUUUAUCUCAAUUACCACAACGAGCACAAUUAUUUUCCUAUUCUCAAGAACAGUUUAGACCUCCACCGAAUGUUUCUGGUAUUGUUGAUGUAGCUGAUUUGGAAAUUUCAAUAUUACUGGUUGAUGUGUUAACAUUAAAACAUGAAAAUAUUGAAUUACGUUGGACAAAUGAUCGUCUAUUACGCGAGAAAAAAGCAUAUAAAACCAAAAUUGAUUUAUAUGAAUUAACAAAUAAAUAUUUUAAAGCAAAUAAUGACAAUAAUAUUUUCACAAAGAAUUCUGAUAAUGAACUUAUACAACGUGAAAAAACUCUUCGUUUAUAUGUUUAUCGUUUAUAUGAUUUACUUCAAACAACAUCAAAACAACUCAAAGAACGACAAGUUCAUUAUGAAAAUCUUAUCUAUCAAUUUAAAAUACGCCAUCGAGAACUAAUCGAACAUAUUCGACAAAUAGAACAAACUAAAAAAACAUAA